AUCGCGACUAUUCAGAAAUCAUCCUGCGCCAAAUGAUAAGCCGAUCGCUGAAAUUAACGUCGACGACGAUCUUCGUGCGACCUUCGACCUGUCCGAGCUCUUCGAAUGUGGCCUCUAAAAUUCUGACGAGAUCUGCUCAUGAGACAACACGCAUCUUGGAAUAUCUUCGAAGGAUAGAAGAGGCAAAAAAAGGUGAAAUAUGACAAAGCCAAAGAUGUCGGCCCUAGUGGCCUCUGCCAUACGAAAUCUGCGGGAAAUUCGUGGUUCCACGUCGAAGGAAAUCAUGAAUUACAUUAAAUCCCAAUAUACGGGAUCGGACUCCAACAUACAAAAACAGAUAUUCGCUGCCUUGAAACGUGGCUUGGACUACGGUAUCCUGAAGAGGGACCGUGGUUAUUACAGCCUGAAUACGGAUCCUGAGAUGAUGUACAAAGCACAUACCGUGGCGCCCAUGGAGCAAGGUAGAAGAGGAAGGCGAAGAAGGCGACGACGUGGCCGUGGAGUAACGCGAGGGCGAAGACCAAGUCGCCGAGGCCGCAGGAGGAGGAGAGGCAGGGGCAGAGGCAGGGGCAGAGGCAGGGGCAGGGGCAGAGGCAGAGGCAGGGGAAGGAGGAGGGGAAGGAGAACCUCAAGAGGCAGAGGGGGAAGCCCCGGGCUUCUUCGAACGAGGUCCCUCGCAACCAGGUGCAAGUGUGCCACGUCCAGGAAGCGCACGGACGACACCUUGAGAAAUUCCCCGGUGGAGAAUCUCCGAAAGGAUAUGACUUAUUUGUAUAAGAAGGGUAUCAACAAUCAGACGCCGUCCAGACAUCAGAGUCGUAGUCGGGAUCGAAGUCAGACGCGCAGCCGAUCGAGUAGCAGCGACAAGGAAAUGAUUGACGACCAAAAUCGCGAUCAAUCGUGA